AUGCUGUCUUCGAAGGCAGGCCGGGCACCUCCAGCGCAAGGCGCGCUCCCUCUCCACCUCCUCCUCCUCCGCCUCGCCUUCGUCGUCCGCAGGCGCAGCGCCGACGGCUCUCGGCUGCGCUGCGCCACGAGGGCUGCCCCGCCGCCGGCGCUGCUCCGGCUGCUUCGGAAGCGCGCUCGGGGCCCGACGAGGCGGCGGUGGGCGGGCGAGAGGCCGGCGGCAGCUGCCACCCGGUGCGCUCCUGCCGGCGGGCGCGACCCCAUGCGGGCGCCGGGCUGCCAGAGGAGCAGCGAGAGCAGCGCCCCCUGCAGCCGGACCCUCUCCCUGCCACGGCCCCGCUGCCGUCGGGCGGGCGCCCGCAGCCUCCUCGCGCCGCCGCCUCGGAAGCCGCCUCCCGCCCCGAAGUGGCUCCGCCGGGGUGGUGGCGGUGCUCCUCCUGCUCCCCGUCGUCGUCGUCUGCCGGCCCGGUUGAUCCCGAGAGCGGCGCAGGGAAUCCGGCUGCUGCCCCACUAG